AUGUGCACCUGCACACGAGCGGCAGCGUUCUUGUUGAGGAGAGAAAUGGCCUCAAGUGAGGGGAACGCUCAGACAUAUAAGCUGGCAUCUUUAGAUCACGACAUCAACCAACACUUUCAGGACGCAAUAGAUGUGAUUGAGCAGCAUUCGCACAAUCCAUACUACGAACCAGAUUACAAAUAUUACGAGACCCUGGUUAGCCAGCAGUCGCCUGUCCAGUGUCAGGACUCCUGCUGCCAUAUCACACACCCGUCCAAUAUCUCAGCUCCAGCGUAUGACUGGAGUGACACAACUCAGCAGUCCUGGCCUCAGGUCAUGCCUGAUGUCUCCCUGAGCCACUCGGUGCAGAAUGAGCCCCUACAUUUCUACUCCAUCCUUCCACCACAGAGAAACAGCAAAGGCCGUAAGAAGCUGAGGCUGUACGAAUACCUCCAUGAAGCUCUGAAUGAUCCCAGCAUGUGCGACUCAAUACAGUGGACGGACAGCGGCAACGGCACGUUCCACUUCAUCUCCAAGAACAAGGAGAAGCUGGCAGAGUGCUGGGGCCAGCGCAAGGGCAACCGCAAGACCAUGACCUAUCAGAAAAUGGCGAGAGCGCUGAGGAACUACAGCCGCACAGGCGAGAUCGUCAAGGUGCGCCGCAAACUCACCUACCAGUUCAACCCGGACAUCCUGCACAGGCUCGGCUCUGCACAGGUGCCCGUGCGCCUGCCCUGCCAGCCCACGCAGGAGGAAGUGCACAGCCAGCAGGAGAAGGUCUCCGAGCAGACCUACUGCAGCUCUGCACCAACGGACUGGCACAGCUGGUACGGAUACUACCAGCUGCAGGAAGACUACGACCUGGGCUCACACACCUUGACCAAACUCUGA